AUUUUCUCAACUCAUUUUCUCGAGAGAAAAAAAUUCAGUUUUCUUUUUUAAGCUAAUGGCAAAUCUAACGUUCUCUCUCAAAACAGCACUGAUAUCAACCGGAGUCAUAUCCAUGGCCGUUUUGUUUAAAGUUUCAGCUCCGUUUGUGACUGAAUUCGUAACGUCCGGUAUUCCUUCAACUUACGGUUUAAUACUUUCUUUUCUUCGGCCUCCGUACCUUUACCUUCUCAUCAACUGCAUCAUCAUCUCCAUCGUCGCUUCUUCCAAGCUCCAGGCUCAGAAGCCAGAGUCUCCUCAACUGAUCAAUCCUCCGGAGAUAGUUUCACCGGCGUUCAAGGUCUCGAGUGAAGUAUUUAGUAACGAGUUCAGUUAUGGAACCGCUCCAGCAAGAGUCCUUGCGGCGGAGGAGAGUAAGCGAGCGGUGGAGGAGGAGCAGGUUAAAGUGAUGACGGAGGUAGCGCCAAUGAGGAGUGAGUCUAUGGAGAUUAUGAGUUUGUUGGGGGAGAAAUCGGCGGAGAAGCCGCCGGUGUCGAAGAGAUUCGCUCAGCGGAAAGCUGUGAAAGCGGCGGCAGAAGGGAAAGCGUUGAGGGUGUCGAAGCCAAAACGGCACGAUACAUUGGAAUCGACGUGGAAGACGAUAACGGAGGGCCGUCCGAUGCCGUUAACACGUCACCUGAAUAAAUCCGACACGUGGGAACAACGUGCUCAAAAGGACCCUAAUACACCUCCCCCUCCCCCUCCUCUCCCAAACACCAUGAAGAAAUCCGAUACCUUCAACGAACGCACCAGGGAGCCGUCACUCGCUCGGUCUUCUGGAUCGGGCAAACUCAAGAGAGACCCCUCGUUGAGUCAGGACGAGCUGAACCGCCGAGUGGAAGAAUUCAUCAAGAAGUUUAACGAGGAAAUGAGGUUGCAAAGGCAGGAGUCUCUGAAUCGGUACCAGGAAAUGCUUAGAAGAGGGGCACAGUAGAGAUUUCAGUACUCCCUGGGGGUUAAAAAAGUAGAAGCAGUGCUCAUAUUACACAUUUACCUUAUUUUAGUGGGUAAAUAACUCCUGCUUUGU